CUUAAAUUGUUUUCAAUAAUUUAGCUCGGCGCUUUCUCUUACCAAUCCACAGACAAAAAUUUGUCAUUUCCAUAUUUGAUCAUUUAUCAUCAAUCUCUCCGUUUUGCAGCCCCCUAGCUAGCUAAUCUUCACUAAUAAUUAAUCUGUUUCUUUACACACACACAAACAUAUACUUUACUUUUGGUGGCACUUUCAGUAUCAUUUCAUGGAUGAUAUUGAAGUUCCAAGAUUUUUUAUCUGCCCAAUCUAUCUCCAAAUCAUGAAAGACCCAGUUACAACCAUAACUGGCAUCACAUAUGAUCGAGAAAGCAUCGAGCGUUGGCUAUUCACUAGUGAAAACACUACAUGUCCAGUCACCAAACAGUCCUUGCCAAAGGACUCAGAUUUAACCCCUAACCACACCUUACGCAGAUUAAUCCAAGCUUGGUGCACUGAGAAUGCAUCACAUGGUGUUGAUCGAAUCCCCACCCCUAAGCCCUGCCUUGACAAAGCCUAUGUCCUUAAACUCAUAAAAAACCUUUCCCAUCAUAAGCUGCAAAUCGAAGCUCUUACACAAAUGGAAGUACUUGCAGCGGGGAAUGAAAGGAACAGGAAGUGCAUGGUUGAUGCUGGCUUGCCCAAGGCCUUGUUAGUGUUCAUCGUAUCGUGUUUCGAGAAUGGUCAAGUUUCUGGUAUUCAAGAAGCUCUCUGUAUAUUACGAUUAAUUAAAAUUCCCCGAAGUGAAUCGAGUGUGUUUCUUUGUGAAAAUGGUAAGAUUAUCGAAUCCUUGACGUGGGUUUUAGGGUGCAAAAUGGAUAAUUAUGCCACUGUUAAAUCCCAUGCAGUUUCAGUGUUGAGAAUACUCCUUGAAGAUGCGAGUUCUAGUGUGCUAAAGAGGCUCAAACCUGAAUUCUUUGAGAGGAUUGUUGGUGUUUUGAGAGAGAAAAUCACCCAGCAAGGUAUUAAAGAUGCCUUGGAAGUGCUGUUAGAUGCUUGCCCUUGGGCAGGAAAUCGGAAAAUGAUGGUUGAAUCAGGUGCAGUUUUUGAGCUCAUAGAGCUUGAAUUGGGAUCUCCUGAAAGGAGAACCACAGAGCUCAAUUUGGGUGUAUUGUUUCAUUUAUGUUGUUGUGCUGAGGGAAGAGCACAAUUCCUAAGUCAUGGAGGCAGCAUUGCUGUGGUUGCAAAGAGAAUCUUAAGGGUGUCCCCAGAAGUCAAUGAUCGGGCCAUUCUGAUCCUUUCAUUGAUAUGUAAAUUCUCAGGAACAAGCAUGGUGAUCCAAGAAAUGGUGGAUGUUAAAGCUGUCCCAAAGCUGUGUAUGUUGCUUCAAGCUGAUUGUGCACCAUAUUUGAAGGACAAAGCUAGGGAAAUCCUUAGAUCACAUUUCGAUGAGUGGAAGAACUUUCCUUGCAUUUUUUCUUCCCUCUCAAGUCUCGAGUCUUGAGUACAAGGUAUCUAGGUGAUUUCGAGUUCUGCAUAGCCUUCUCCUUCCAAUCCAUUUCUUAUUAUUAAUUAGUAUAGCAACACAAAUGCGAAUCCCAUUAAUGAAAAUGCUAGAACAUAGCUACGGGACCAUAUUUAGUAUGCAAGAAAACUUAAUUUCCAUGUGAUGCACACAGGCACAGCUUCCAAGUGA